AGCACAAUCCAUCAGCCACUCUUUGUCUCAGGUCAGGAGAGAAGGCAGAGAGUCAAGGGUUUGCCGAAGAAAGCUGAAUUUUGGCCUGGACGGUUUGCACUCUUAUUAUUUCUGUUAAUAACUCUUCACUUAUAUUUCUCACACGUCUAGACCAAAGCUUUCUGAAAGCUAGUGAAGCUGCAUGAAGAGCCAUAGUUUCUUUUUUGGAAAAGACCAUGAAGACCACCUGGAUCCUGCUGCUUGCCUCUCUGGGUGUCUGUACCCUGGCUGGUGCUAAGAAAGGCCUUGAAUUCCCACGUUAUGAUGGCAAAGACCGUGUCUUGGACAUAGAUGACAAGAACUACCGCAAAUCCCUGAAGAAAUACGACAUGCUCUGCCUGUUCUACCACGCUCCCGCGCCAACUGCAAAAGAUCUGCAGAAACAGUUACAAAUGACUGAACUGGUGCUUGAGUUAGCUGCUCAAGUCUUAGAGGAAAAGGAAAUUGGCUUUGGAAUGGUUGACUCCCAAAAAGAUGCUAAGGUUGCCAAGAAACUAGGUUUGCAUGAGGAGGGGAGCGUCUAUGUGUUUAAGGAGGACCGUGUGAUUGAAUUUGAUGGACUUCUCUCUGCAGACACUCUUGUGGAAUUCAUUCUGGACCUGUUGGAAGAUCCGGUUGAGAUAAUUGACAAUGCUCUGGAGUUGCGAGCUUUUGACCGUAUGGAAGAAGAUAUCAAACUCAUUGGCUUCUUCAAGAGUCUUGACUCUGAACAUUAUCUUGCUUUCCAAGAAGCAGCUGAACAAUUUCAGCCUUUUAUCAAAUUUUUUGCCACCUUUGAGAAAUCUGUGGCAAAAGAGCUGACUCUGAAGAUGAAUGAGGUGGACUUCUAUGAGCCCUUCAUGGAGGAACCAGUCACCAUUCCAGACAAACCCCACUCAGAGGAAGAGCUGGUGGCCUUCAUAUCUGAACACAGGAGACCAACUCUAAGAAAGCUCAGGGCAGAGGACAUGUUUGAGACCUGGGAGGAUGAUUUAAAUGGGAUUCACAUUGUAGCCUUUGCAGAAGAGGAGGACCCUGAUGGUUUUGAAUUCUUGGAGAUUUUAAAGGAGGUGGCCAGAGACAACACACACAAUCCAGACCUGAGUAUUGUGUGGAUCGACCCAGACAACUUCCCAAUGCUCAUUCCGUACUGGGAGAAGACCUUCAAGGUUGACCUCUUUAGACCACAGAUUGGCAUAGUAAAUGUUACAGAUGCGGACAGUGUCUGGUUGGAGAUACCUGAUGAUGAUGAGCUACCAUCACCUGAAGAACUGGAAAACUGGAUAGAAGAUGUCCUCUCUGGAACAGUCAACACCGAGGAUGAUGAUGAGGAGGAUGACGACGACGAUGAUGAUGAUGAAGACAAUGAUGACGACAAUGGCGAUGAUGACGACGAUAAUGAUGAUGAUGAUGAUGAUGAUGAUGAUGACGAUGAUGAUGAUGAAUGAUUUAUAUACUGUGAACCUCAAACAAAUCUGCGGAGAUAAUUUUGUCCUUAACAGUAAAAUCAUUCUGUACAUUUUGUACAUCAGUGGAUAAAUUGCGGAGUGUUCUUCAUGUUAAUCUGAAAUUAUACAAGUGUACAUGUCUCUUAUUUAUAGGUGAAAUUUCUUUUAAGAUCAUUUAAUUUAAUCAGCUCUAAACUGGAAAGUAAAAAAUGCAUUCAAAUGAAAUACUGCAGUGUAAUUGGAAUUACAGGAAUAUGUCAUAUUAUUCUUCUGAACAGAUCUUCUACUGUAGAAAACAUCGCCACCUAAAAUGAAGUCUGUAAUAAGAUUUUAUAUUUUGGACAUUU